AUUGGAUUAGAGCAGGGAUUUCUCCGUGGUAUUAAUCUGUGAAGACAGCAGGCGGCCCGGGCUGGGCUCACUCUGAGCCGUUGUGUCUCUCAGCCUCCGGCUGUCUGUCAGCAGGCUGUUUCUCCUCCAUCUGACUGGCUGAAGAGCACAGGACACCUCACAGCCAACAUGAACCUUUUCUGCUUUUCACUGGAGGGCUCUAUGGACAGCCUGUACGAGGCGGUGCAGAGCUCCACUGACGGUCCGCCCCCGCCCAUCCCCAGCCGCUCGUCCAGCCGCUCCUGCAGCCGCUCCUGCAGCCCAGCGGUCCUGCUGGACGACAACACAAGGUGGAGAGGCUCUGGAAGGUCCAUAUCCAUGGACAUGCCGCAGAUCCAUGGGGCCAACUCCAAUAAAAAGAAAAGAACAACACAUAUAUCAAAGUCUCUGUCAGACAAUGAAACACUGGAUAACCCCGCCGGUAAUAGCGUAGCUUGGCAGCGCGCCAGGAGCCGAGAGGAUUUAAUCCACAUCACCAACAAUCACAACGAAGAAACGCGAAAGCCGAAGCACCGGACGGAUAAAAAGGGAGGUAAAGGAGGACAUCACACUGGCACAAAGAAAAGAGAGAAACAACAACCAAAUCAGAGUGUCCAUAACAACGGGUCGAUGACAGAGUCCAAACCUGCUGUCAGAAAGAACCAGAAGAAUGGAAAGAAAGCAGGGGGAAGGAGCGGGAAAGAUGGGUCCAAAAAGCAUCACAACAGAGCCUGUUCUCCACCACAAACAAUGAACCCACCCUCUGGACCACAAUAUCUGGACGUGCCAUACACGUCUAGGCCGGACAGGAGGCUGUACCUCGGCAAAUCCUCCACCCUCCCCGCUCAGGACAGCACAACCUCAAGCCGCUGCACCAAUAUGGUUAAUCUACCCGGAGGAGCGACACCCACCCACCAACCGCACUGGAGCAACCCAGGGGACAGCAGCCCUGCCUGGGGAGCCAUAGAGCACACCUGCCGCCGGCCCCUCACAGAGUAUCGCAUGCUCCCCCUUGAAUUUGCCAUGUUGCCUGGGAAGGAGUGGGAUGAGAGUCACCAGCUGGCGAUAGACCAGAAUGGAAGCCUAAAACGGAGCUGCCAGCUUCUCCCCAAGGUGCCGCGAUCUCUCACAGAGGUGGAUCUGUCAGAGCCAAAUCGUUCCACCAGCUUCGGCAGGUUCGAGGGCCUCAGGCAUCACUCAUCACACGCCAAAAUAGAGGAAAAUGGGACGCCUACGGUCAGGGAAGAGGGGGACAGUCCAGACCCCGGCAGGUCCGCUGGCUUCGGCAAAAAGAUGAAGGAGAUCUCGCUGACCAUGAGGAGAAAAAUGGGCAAGAAGCACGCCAAGUCUCUUUCAGAGGAGACAGGGGAAGACACGGACAAAGAACCGGAGGCGGAGGCGGAGGCGGAGAGCACUCCGCCAGCUGAGAAAGCCUCCGCAAAGACCAGCAACUCCUUGGAGAGUCUUUACAGCGCCCAGAGCUCCUCCAGUGGCGUCACCAGUGAGUCCAACGGUUCCGGCCAGAGGGACAGCCUGAAGCUGGAGGAGGACGGGUCCUACCAGGGUCAGUUCUGCGGCCGGGCCAAGGUCCACACAGACUUCGUCCCCAGUCCGUAUGACACAGACUCGCUGAAGCUGAAGGUCGGCGACAUCAUCCACAUCAUCAGCAAGCCUCCCAUGGGCAUCUGGACCGGCAUGCUCAACAACAAAGUGGGCAACUUCAAGUUCAUCUACGUGGACGUGUUGGCGGAGGAGAAGGAGAAGGAAGCAGAGGAGGAGACGCCAAGGAUCAGACAGCAGAAGCUGUGCAAGAGGCCCCGGCCCAAAACGCUGCUGGAGCUGCUGGAGCGGCUCAACCUGGAGGAGUACGCCUCGGCCCUGUUGCUGAACGGCUACCAGACGGUGGAGGACCUGCUGCACCUCCAGGAGAAGCACCUGAUAGAGCUGAACGUCAAAGACCCCGAGCACAGGCGCAAGCUGCUGGCCGCGGCCGAGUGCCGCUACGUAGAAGGUGACGAUACGAGCAACGCAGACGAGCACAAAUCUUCCCACGGCCAGCAGGAGGAAGACAGCGACUGUCCCAGAGACUCGGGCUGCUUCAUCCCAUCCGAGUGUUCGGACACCAAGGAGGAAGCAGAGCCGGUCGCAGACCCAGAGGACGCGUGAGGCCCCCCGUCAUAUCAAAAGGACACGGAGACGUUUGCAAUUUAAAGUCGCGCUUCCCAGUGAUUCCGGUGAAGAGAGCCCAGAAAUCCUUUCAGCAUGUCAUGUUUACACCCUCUGUUCCAAGCAGGAGCUUGUAAAAUGCAGGAACUCUUUAAAAAGACGAACGAAGAAGGAUUACAUGGCCAUCAUUCUAAAUGUCUUCUCAUCCUUGUGUCUCUUUGUAAAAGUAAAAUGUUGUCAAAGAAAUUACAGUUUAUUGAUUUAAAGACAGUUAUAUUUAUUACAUUUAUUAUUUCCAAAUGAUCCUAUGUUGUUGUUUUUUUUUUUUUUUUUUUUUUUUGCAAUUUUUCGAAGCCUUUAUUUAUAACAGCUGCAUCACUUUUAUAUAUCUAACCACAACCAGCCCCAGCCUAGCCCUCAGUGUUCAGAUUGUCUUUCCACUCUGAGUAUAAUGGUUUUGGUGACGGUGUCUGGAUGAUGGUCUCUAUUAUAUAAUGUACAUAUUAACAAGUGUAUCUGUUUCUGAGCAUGAGUUUGUAUGAGAGAGUGUGUUUGUGUAUUUGUAAAAGAGUAUAAUCCGUAUGCUACUGAUGGUAUCUGUAUUUAUGUUUUCAAAACCUUUUGUAAAUAGAUCAAUAAAAAAUAGUCAAACAUG